ACGUGUUGAGCUCAGCAUUGAAGCCCGUCCCAUCCUCUGCAUAUCCAUGCUGCAGGAGGAGGAGGAGGAGGAGGCAAGGAGUCCUUUUGUUACCUGUAUUAGACUACCUGGCGGUUGCAAGUUAGUAACGUGGUCUGUGUUUAAGAUGUCUUCAAAACAUAGAAGCAGCGAUGUUCCAAAGCUUUAAACACCACGAAAUCCGCGUUUUUUUCCUUUUCUUUUAGGACACUGCAGUAUGCGCAACUAUUUCUCCCCCCUCGCUCUCUUUCUACCUGCAAGGCACAGCAAGUAGGAAUUGUUAAUUAGGUUUUACCGUCAAAGUAAGGACGAAUAGGAGGCACUUCCUCCAAGAACUCAUUCACCUUUCAAGUCCGAACCUCUCUCGAGUUUCACUUUGGAGUUCUUAGCCACCUUUCAGGUCGUCAUCAGCAUCUCACCUGUACUCGCGGACCAUGGAUUUCGCACGGUCGAUUAUUUCCAAGGAGCUUCUGCUAGAUGUCGCGGGAAACAGACGGUACACGUGCAUCUGGAAGGGCUAAGAAACCUGCCAAUGUGAACGGAAAGCGUGGCCACUUUAUGUUACAGUGCAUGGCCUCCGGACAAAGUGGCAACGAUCAUGCACGAAACCCUCCGAAGACGGAGUCUCUACGUGUUCCUGUGUUUUGGCAUCAUAUACCUCAGACUUGGGGCCCUGUCCUCGGUGGUGGCUCUGGGUGCCAACAUCAUCUGCAACAAGAUCCCAGGGCUGGCACCUCGCCAGCGGGCCAUCUGCCAGAGCCGCCCGGACGCCAUAAUUGUUGUGGGCGAAGGGGCCCAGAUGGGCAUCAAUGAGUGUCAAUACCAGUUCCGAUAUGGACGCUGGAACUGUUCGGCGCUGGGAGAAAGAACAGUCUUCGGUCAGGAGCUGCGAGUAGGCAGCCGGGAAGCAGCUUUUACCUAUGCCAUCACAGCGGCUGGGGUGGCCCAUGCUAUCACCGCAGCAUGCAGCCAAGGCAACCUGAGUCAGUGUGGAUGUGACAGGGAGAAGCAGGGUUAUUAUAAUCAGGAGGAAGGCUGGAAAUGGGGAGGAUGCUCGGCCGACAUCAAGUACGGCAUAGAGUUCUCUCGCCGCUUCGUGGAUGCCCGCGAGAUUAGAAAGACUCCACGUCGUCUGAUGAACUUGCACAACAAUGAGGCAGGUAGAAAGGUUUUAGAAGAAAGGAUGAAGCUAGAGUGCAAGUGCCACGGCGUCUCGGGAUCCUGUACCACUAAAACAUGUUGGACUACUCUUCCGAAAUUCCGCGAGAUUGGCUACGUACUCAAGGACAAGUACAAUAAAGCUGUGCACGUGGAGGUAGUCCGGGCUAGCCGACUGCGCCAGCCCACCCACCUCAAGGUAAAGCAGACUCAGGGCUACCGCAAGCCCAUGGAGACAGACCUCGUAUACAUUGAGAGGUCGCCCAACUACUGCGAGGAGGACGCAGCCACAGGGAGCGUGGGAACCCAGGGACGCCUGUGCAACCGCACCUCACCACAUACGGACGGCUGCGACCUUAUGUGCUGCGGUCGGGGAUACAAUACACACCAGUACACAAAGGUGUGGCAGUGCAAUUGUAAGUUCCAGUGGUGCUGCUUCGUCAAAUGCAACACAUGCAGUGAGAGGACGGAGGUGUUUACCUGCAAAUAAGGACACGAAGAGCUCAGUGCCAGAACAAGUGACGCGCAAAGGACUAGCUAAACGAGGAAGACGCGGGAGAACGAACAGGAAGGUGUGUCUUCGAGAUUUUGAAGCUAAGAAAUGGGAUUUACACUAUCAGCUCUUCGAGGCAUCGUUUUGCACAGCAGAAUCUAUCUAAUUGCUUUUCCGAAAGUAAAUUCUAAUUAUCAGUAGGUAAUACCCCCAAAACUUUACUGUCACAUUGAGCUUGUGCUUAUGUACUGAUGUAUCCGCAGUGAAGUUGGGAAUACGUAUAAAGAAUGAGACCCUCGGUGGGAACUGUGCUUUGCACUCUGGGAUUUGUAAUUGUUCGAUUGCAAUAUAACCAGACUCGCAUGGAGAAGAACUCACAGUAACCUGGGAGUUGAUCGAAAUGACAGCCAUUGUUAAGUCUUUGACAAGAAACUCUUUGUGGGUUUUGUCAUAUUUUCACUAACGGGUGGGGGCAUAAGUGAAUCUUGACAUGAAUGAUACCCCUAGCUUGGCUGGGGCUAAUGGUGGAGGUCUGUAGAAAUGAAGAACAUUUUGUAAGUGUGGUGCAUCACGUUGCGCCAAUAUCUGAGUGGAGAACUCUGUUAAAACCCUCUGCUGCCAACUGGAAUAUGGUGGAGUAUGUUAGUUUUCCAGUCACACUGGAACUGUCUGUUCUGAACACUGAAAAUAAAUUGUCUAUUUAUGUUAUAGUAUCUUAAAACAAAACACUAACGGGUAGACAUGUCUUUUUUUGUACUAAGUGUAAAGAAAAAUACUUUUUAGAAACUCUGACUGGAAACGUGUGUCUAUUAGAACAUGACCCCCCUAAAACCCCUACAAAACCUAAUCUUUUCUUUAAAAAAAGAAGAAGAAAAGAAAAAAAUUCAUAGCUACUGGUGUGUUGACAACAGAAGAGAUCUUUACAACAUGUUUCACGUGUUUCAGACACCUGGGCUCUGCUAUGUUGUAGUUUAGCUUGUUUGCAGUCCUUUUUCGCUCCCUGAGCAGUAACAACUAUUUCAAUGGUUGUGCAAUUUCAAAGACAGUAGCAUGAAAACACUGCAGAGAUCCUUCCUAAAUUCAUUAAACAUGAACAUUAAAACUGUGCUGGAUGUGGAUGUGUUAAGUGCUGCACCUAUAUUUUCUAUUUUAAUCUAUGAGAACUAAAUGACUCCCAUUUUACUCAGUUUGAUGGUUCAGUGCUAAAAUAUCAACUGAAGUUUAACCUGCAGUUCAUCUUAAUUCUUUUUUUUAUUGAUAAUUUUCUCAAAUUCAACCAAAGACUAACUUGGAACUGAUGAUUUGCUUUUGCUUAUUCCCAUUUUGGCUAUAGGGGCAUUUUACUUCUGGCUAAAUAAGCUCUCCUCUGUAACAAUAAUAAAGGAUAUUUCCACUUUAUUACAACUUGGAUCUUACUUGAGGAUUCAUGAUCACAUUGUGCUCACUAUGGUAACUGCUGAGAGAUGAUAACAUGGUGGCAGAAAAUAGAAAUUUGAUAGCAAUUGUAAAAAAAACAAACAAAAAAAAACAACCUUUAUUGGUAUACUAUAUUGGUAAAAGUAUUGGCCCAGAUUUCUUCAUCUUUAAUUCGGGUCUUUUCGGCCCCAUUGCCACAUGUGCAUAAAGUCAAGCACCUACAAUUAUUGCUAGCUAUUCAGCCUGCCUUUAAAGACAUUUGUGAAAGAAUGGGUCAUCUCAGUGAAGCUCAAUGAAUUCAAGUGUAUUACUGUAAUGGGAUGCCACCACUGCAAAAGUCAAAGAACCACAGUAACUCAUCCACAAGGUGUCAGACAACGUAAAGCACACAGCAGGGUUGCUGAAUGUGGACGCGUACAGUGUAUAAAAGCAAAAAAAGCUCUGCAGACUCAAUAAUUGCAGAGCUCCAAAGCUCCUCUGGCAUUAACAUCAGCACGCAAACGGUGUGCCGGGAGCUUAAUGGCAUUGGUUUCCAUGGCUGAUGUGUGGAGGUUUGCCCAUAUAGCGUAUAUCUUACAAUAUAUUGUUUCACAGAGUACACAGAAAGCUGCUUGCUUCAGUUUGUUGAAGUUCAAUUAUUAUUAUUAAUUAUUAUUAUUUUUUUAAUGACAGAAAGAUUGGGCAGUAUUUGUAAUUCUUUCCAGGUAAAUUCAACUAAGCUAAUAUUUGAGAUGUUUCAGCAUUCUCAUGCCUAACUUUUUAAGUAAAAUGUCACAAAUGAAACCGACAGAAAGGUGUUGCUAUAAAGUACAAAGAGAAUCUACGUUGUGCCUGAAGGUGUUAGCACAUCCAAACCCCUUUAAGACCAUAAAUAUUUGGUUUCACAACCUGUAUUCAGUUUUGGCAGAAGUGAUAGCAUUUCUUUAAUUGAUCGCUUUUAGAGAUGAUGACAUGUUUAAAUUUAGAGGAUGUCAAGGUUGCUGUUUAGACCUGCUCUCAGUCUUUACGCUAAGCUAAGCUUUUACACCUCUUGACUCUAGCUCCAGACUUGACGCAUAGAUAAUGAGAGUAGUAUCUGCCAGUCUUCUCUAACAAUUUAACCAUUGUGAAGUAAGCGAACUGGGAUUAUUGGCAGGGAUAGCUCAGUAGGUAGAGUGGUGGCCUUGUGAUUGGAAGGUCGGGGGUUCAAAUCCACUGUACGGCUACUCUGAGCUACACACUACUCCCUGGGCGCCCAAUGGCUGACCACUGCUUCACUGAGUGAAUGGGUUAAAUGCAGAGAGGAAUUUCCCCACGGGGAUCAAUAAAGUAUACAUACAUUAACAUUUCGAAUUACUCCUUUGAUACAUGCAGUAUGAAAAAGGCAAAAAAUUGAUCUAUCCUAGCAGGUAUUUUAACCACUCUUUGCAUUUUGUUUGUUUGUUUAUAUUUAAUCUACAACACCAUGAUCAAAUCAUGUGACAGUGAAAGACUGUAUAGGCCAGUUUAUCUUCAUUUACAUGUUAAUUAAUAGAUUUGAUAUGUAGAAUGACUUUUGCACAUUUAUGAUUGCACAUAAAACGAUGUAGCCUAGUCAUUUACAACGUAGUAUCAGCUUUUCUUUAAAAAAAAAAUGUCAGCAAAGGUGCAACUCAGAUGGAUUAAACAAAGCAAUUAUAUUCAUAACGUGCACAUUUACUCAAUUAAAUAGCUUAUUAUAACAAAAAGUUUCUAGCAUGUAUUUUUACACUGCCAUGUUUUCAUUCCUCCUGAAAUAGUGCCUAAAAUAACUCCAGUUAGAACCAUUAAAAGAAAUAGACUCAGAUGCAAACACAUUUCCACACAUAAAAAGCUGAUGUGUCUUUGAUUCAAUGAUGAAUUGCAUUAUGAAAUAUAAGAGAAAGCUUACCCCUGAACCCUAAACACACAUUCUUCACUUUAUUGCUCACUGCCUGUUGGUACAAGAGUUCCUGCUCGGUGUUCAGUUGCCCGUAUCGGCUGUUCCAACAAACAUCCAAAGCUAUUAUUUUCAUAAAUUUUCUCCCUUCGAAGGAAAACACACACAUUAAAUUUGUUCAUUGUGUGUGAGUGCGUGUGUGCGCGUGUAUGUGUGUCCAGGUUCGAAGCCAAACUUUAUGUCGAAGUCUGUUAUUCAAACAUUCCAACCACGCUUAAUAUAGUAACUGGCAAGUGCAUUAGGAAGCAUAAAUCAUUAAAAAUCAAAAAUAAAUAAAUCAAGCACUCUGCUGACUUUGACAUUAUUUUGUACACAGCACAUGUUCGUAAUAUGCUGUGGUCUGCUGUCUUGAUUGUGGCACGCAUGGAACAGAAGUCAAUUAUCUCGCUCCAGUAUGGAAAGGAGCUUCUUGUCUGUGUCAAGCCGGGCAGUGAUCACAACACAGAAAGAGGAGGGAAAAAAGUCAAAUCUGUACGACUAAUAUUUUCAUUUUACACACAGUUAAAGCUCUGCAUUAUUAAUUAGAACUAUUAGGGCCUUUACUUUAUCCCUAUUUUCGAUUAUGUUUCCAAGUGUGGAUGAUAUUACUCUCAAAACCCGAUGUUGCUGAUAAGAAGAGUCGAACUAAGGAUUUUAGCAUGCAGAAUGAAAGGACGGCUGUCCCAUCCCUCAAGCCUCCUCAUGCACUCUGUGUUGGCAAAAGCGUUUUGGAGUCACUAAAUGGGGAGAGAUCCCUCAUGCAAAUGACCUGAUGUGAAUAGGAAGUUACUCAGUGUGCCUCUUUGUUUUUGGACACACAAACAAGAGUGUAGUUCUUUUGUGAGGGUGUUUUUGAGAUGGAUGGGAUGGCUUGAUGAAAGGAGGUGCAUGUGAAGCCGGAAACAGCAAGUGAAAAGGGUGGGUAUUUAAGAGAGGGCCUGACUGAGAAAUAGUGGGUGCACUGUAUAAGAAGGAGCAGCUGCUGGUGCGAGUUGGCGACAAACUAAGGCAAAGCUAGUAAAAAAAGAAGAUAUUCGGUGUAUUGUAUAUAUGAUUAAAUCCAAUUUUUAAUUGAUGUUUAUUAUUAUCGAGGAGAAAAAGAAAAGAGCAAUAAAUGUUCAAAUCAUUCAUAACUUUACAUAAUUCACAAAUGACCUUUUCAGACUUUUGUCGGCUUUCGUCUGUCUCUAUGUAAUGGAUAUGUGGAUGAGAGCCAUGCUACUUCGUCAAUUAAACGGAGGCUCGCGCUCAUCCUCCUGCAUGUGAAAAGCAUUGUGGACGGGCAGCAGAGCAGAAGUAAGAUGUGUUUUGUUAGUUGUCUGAAGCCCAGGGGACCGGAACCAUAUAAGCUCCCCAUAUUAUUCCCUGGAUUGAGAAAAAUAAAUCCAUUUGUUUCCGACAAACAUUUUGUCAUUAAAAAUAUGAGAUAGAAAAACAGAGUCUGCUGUGUGUGCCUUCUUCUAAAGCUGCUAUUGUUUGGGUGUCAGGAUCAUUAGUUCAUUGGGAUAUAUUCUGCAAGCUAAUGCUUCUGGUCCAUUUCACUUCUGGGAGCGAUGUGCCCACUUUUCCAAUUCAUGGAAAGUGAGUUAUGAGGUAACAUAACAGCUGGAAUGGAUGAACCUUGCCUGUGUUAAGGCCAAGCAUUUACCUUAUGUAAAUUUAACACAUUAUCAUGCUGUUCAGAGUUCACUGCAUGGCGAAAUGUGUCAGGGACAUAAGAGCUUUGUGAGCCAUGGGAAGCUUUUAAUGUAGGCGAAGGAAUCACAAGACUGCCAGCUUCCAAUCAUGAAAGCUGAAAAGAAGAGGGAAGACAGAAACAUGGAAAAAACCAUAGUCCUAUGGGGUCAUUUACUUUCUUGUCCUUUGGAUAUUUCUAUUAAUUUGAACCAAUAAAAUGACUCAACACUGUCCAAUUCUCAAAUCCUGUGCUGCAAAGAGAUUUUAGGGUGUCUAAGUAAUGAAAUGGAUCUAAGCCAAAGGUGUACAAACCAGCUUUUAAUUUAAAUUUGAUAGGAUAGUAUAGAAAAUUGUUUUCCCCAGCUUUUGUUUCUGUUAUUGUGACGUUAGAAGGGUGUUCAGAAAUUUCUUUGAAAUAUCUCCAGUAUCCUCCUUCGCUGAUUUGUAACUUUCGUAAUGGACAUUUAGGUUAACAGCUUGGCCCUUCACAGAUACGACACGUGAUGAUGUGUGAAGAGACAUGAAAGGGUGGCAAAAAAAGAAAGAAAGAAAAUGACCCAAAUGAAGGGAUGAAAUCUAAGAUCAAGGAGUGAAAGAUCUACUGAGCUGAUUCUUGAGAUUAGCCAGACACCAAGUGAGAAGGAUUGUUGUCUUCCAGACACCGCACUUCAAUUACAGACUUCUCCUAAGUAGAGGCAGGGGAUGUUUAACAGCCCCGUGGAUGACAGAUUAUUUUGGGGUAUUCCUUUGAACCUUUUUGUUUGUUAUUCUGGGAUAUAGUCUGGAUUCUGGAUGAAAUCAUAAAAGUGCUACUGUGCAGAGGGCAUCUCUUAGCAGCCCGUGCGAACAGAACACAAAUGCAGCCAGUGCCAUGAUGAUGCAGGUUUCAAAUUAAAUUUUCAACAAAGCAGAGGAGCAGACAAUACAGCAUAAGGCCGCCCACAGCACAGCCUGCUGUAAUUAAGAACACAUAGUCUUUCUUUGUCAUGUGAUCACUUGGAGUGGUGUUUUUCUGUGUUCCUAUAACUUUGUUUUGACUGCUUGUCUUUGUGAAAGACCAUCAUUUGGAGGUUUCUCAUCAUCUGUUUGAUAUUAGUGGUGAGGAACACAUGGCCAUUCAAAGGCAAAACCCUGUGUGACAUCAUAAACCACAAGGCAAAGUGGGGAUCAUCAAGACCCCAGACUGAGGACUCUGAACACUACCUGACUGCCUUCAUCCAUCUUUAGUUAUAUUGUUAAAAAAAGAAAAUAAAACGGACCAUCGUUGGUCUCGGCUUCUGAUGUGUCUUUGGGCUUUUUUGCCGAACUGUCUCUCGUCCCUUCUACAAAGACAAUGGAGAACUUUGUGCAUGACGACUGAAGGAAAAAGAAGAAUAUGGCCAAAUCCCACAGAUUUUUUACCUAUAUAUAAAAACAAACCAAAAGGAACAUUAAAAAUGUCCAGUUAAAGAACUUCAAGUACCUUUAGAGUCACAGAUAUCAAAAUGAGCUAUAUCUUUAUAAGCAGACAAGACAGCCUGGGGCGUAAUGACGCCCAAUUUGGCAUGCACACCUGUUUAUGUUGGACUGGGGCACUAAGCAGGGCUUGUAAAAUAUGAGCAAGGUUAAUACUUAUGUGGUGACGCCCUCGGGCCUCACAGCUACAUUAAGGACAGCAUCAGCAGUCUGAGAUGAUGGGAUGGGUCUAACCCCAGGCACUGCUGUAUGUGUUCAUGCGUGUGCGAAGCUCAUUCGGCGGAUUUAUUUGUCGGGUACUUUGUGUUUCUGUCUGCAUGCAUGUGUGUGUGCGUGUGUGAGAAGACCGACACAUCGCUAUGGGAAGUGGGUUUCUACGUGGACACAUUUGGUGAAGGGAGUUCGAGGACAGCCCACACGCGCUUUUGUGCUGCUCAGUGUCCAGUGGUUGGCUAGGCCACGACUUCUCCUUGAGGUUAUUUUUCUCCUCAUGUUUUGUUUUUCGUGAAGUGAGGUCGGGGUUCUAUAAGCAGACUCCACCUUGGGGAAAAACUACAGGCCACUUUGGGGAGAUUAUCUUAGCACUUCAACCCCCCCCCCCUCCGGCAUCUGUGAAGCAAAGCAGAGAGACAAGCGUCCUGAAAGAAGCGAAUAAUGAAUUUCACAACGAAAACUGUAACGUGGUAAUACAUUUUCCAGGCCUUAAGCACAUGUUAUUUCCUAGGACAAAAACUGACUCAUUAUUUAGCAAUUCAUUUUUUUUUUAUAAACCAUGAUUUAUUUUUUAUAAAAUGGAAUUUGGCAUAUCCCAGCAUGCAAAUAAUAAACCGAACUGACUGAAAUUACAACAAACUAGCUCAGUCCAAACCAUAGAAAACCAGAAAGGCUUCAAGUGCUGGACUUCAUGAUCUGUUCUGAUAAAACAACAUCAAUGCGCUAUGCAGCUGAAACCACAGAACUUGACACUCCACAGCUGUGAUUUGUAAUUUUAUUUUAUUAUUAUUAUUUUUUUUAGUUCUUUGUUAACUUAUACAGCAUCGAGCAUUCUCAGCAACUACACCAAAAAAAUCCACAGUUAUUUGUGCACCUUGUGCCUACUGUAAACUGUCACAUUGCUGCAUCUGCAACAAGGUUUUAGCUCUUUCCUCCACUAAACAGCAACACUUUUGAGUCCGUUUCAGAGGAUAAUUCGGGAGUAGCCAACCCCACUAGACAGCCAGGGCCAGUGGGAUUCAGUGCCAGUGUAUCAUCCUUCCCUGUCUAGCCUGUGGAAAGAGCAGUGGUGGUGGUGAGGAGGUUCCAUGAUGUGGGUCACAUACAUGGAAAAUUCUGCUGAAUCCAUUGCUUUUCCAUGGGGAUGGAAGGUCACCGGAACAACACACAAACGGCUCCAGCUCAACAUGUAGCUAAGCGUGCUGCAUGAAACACUGGGCCCUGUUGUUCAAACAAAUUAUCUCGUGACAUUAUGACAUUUAAUGGCUUUCUCAGCUGUGUCAAACCCAGCGAGUAGCGGAGGUUUAAGCAUUUCUGGCAGACAACGAGGAGCAGCAUGUAGAGAAAGUUUGCUUAACGCGAGUGAACUUGUCCAUCUCCUGCUCAGAGAGUUGAUGGCUAACUCAGUCUGUCAGCAAAGCGCACCACAGAGAAAGUAACAUUAGAGAAACUGGUUGCCCAGCACUUGUAUAUUUCUAUCUCCAUCUGUGUCAUGGGCUGGAAGUGGGCUAGUGUACAUGCCUUUGAAUAUGUAGGGCAUUGGACACCAACUUCAUGUGGUUUGGGAGAAGUUAAAGGCUGGUUGGGGCUUUAAUCCAGCUACCCUCCUCCCAGUUUUCCCCUCUUUUUCUUGUCUCUGUGGGUCUCAACCCCCACCCCCUCAUCCCCACCUCACCCUCACCACUGACUCCCCUUUACCACACAGACCCAUAAGCACCCCAGGUCCCAAAGACCGUCAUCUCCUCACCACCACCCCCAUCGCUGCGUCCACACCAACUGGGCCUUGCCUCAGCCGUGGCCUCCUAAUGGCUGAUGGAUGUGCCGAGGUCAGAGUGAUGAUCUAGACAAGUCCUCUGGUCCAUCACUGAGUCUUUGAUCAACAUACUUAACCCUUUCUUCCUAAGAAGCCAUCCCCCUACCCUCAGUGGAUGAGAAUGUGGGGAGAUUGAGUUACACAGUGCUGGGUAGUGGGCAGGCUGACAUCCCUUUGGUAACACAUGUCUUUGUUUAAGGCAAGGCUCUGGCACUGACAGUCUUCUUCUAAACCCCCGUGCUUCUAUAACGCUCCACCAAAGUUACCAGGGAGAAAGUCUGAAAGAGAGUUCAUAAGAAAAUGGGCAGUUUUUUACUGAGUCAACCACACUGGUAAACCAGUCGACAGCAAUUUUGAUUUUCUUGGAAACCAGCUUGAAUGAGAAGAUUAACAGAAGAUUAAUAAAAUGUUUAUUUAGCCCGGCAAUGCUCUAUUCUAAUAUUCAAACUCACUUCUAUUAUUUGGAAUGAACCUUUAGAGUUCCUUUAUAUUUUAAAAGGUUUUACGACUGCUGCGGAUAUCUCUGUUUGUUUGAAUGCUGCUUGGUGUAUUGGAGAAUACACUUUAAAUCUGUUGCACAAGUCGGUUUUUGUGUAGCAGGUGUCAACUUGUUGAGCAGAACCACACAGCCAUCAAAACAACAGUGUGUUUUUUUAAACUUUUUUUUUUGUGAUACCACAAAGUAAUUGAAUUUAACGAGGCUUCUUAGAAACCGAGUACAGAUUUUGCUUAAAGCCAGAACUUGGUGAUUAUAUGGUCGUUAUUUAUAGAUAAUCUGAACGAUAUUUUUAUUUCCAUGCGAGUCUAUGUAUGAUACUUGUUUUCUAAUCCUUCUUCUGUGACACUUUAAUAUGGCUGUGAAGUGCCAUAUGCGUUAUAAAUCUAAUUAGAGGAUAAAAAAAUGAGAUGGCUCAAUGAAUUAUCAUUUCAGAUAUUUUGCUUUGAGUUCUGUAAACACAACAAAUCAAAUUUUUGUCUGUACAUAAUAAUCCCACACAUUCUGUUGAAAGCUGCGAAAGAUUAAGAAAAUAUUUAUUGGACUUUGAAUUCCCUCCUUGAUGAUUUUAAUUAGCCUCUGACCAGAUACAGACUGAAACUGCGGUUUGAAAGAAUAGUUGCUCAGUAUGUUCAUCUUAGGAUCACCUUACCAGAUUUCGGAUAUGUUCUAUCAAUUAGCAGACUUGGGCAGAAGGCAGAGGAAAAAUUAAUAUGGUUCUAAUUUUAAGUGUCAUGGUUUCUGCAUUUGGACCUGCAUAUCGUCCUUCCAAAGAAAACUUCUACCCUGAUAUUUUUCUGUUUUAUUGAGCUGAAUUGCAGUAAAAUGUGAUCCACAAAUACAUAAACGCAUUAGACCUCAUUGGGAAGUGCUAUUAGGUCUUGGAGCAGCAGUAAAAUCCAUUUUAAACUCCUGCCAGUUCUCUGGCCUGCAACCUGCAGUUACACCUCUCAUCACUCGGACCAUUAAAGAAUAUGGCCUGCUUUACAUGCAGUUGAAGUGAUGGGGCGCACAGACACCGAACGUGCUCCUGUCCUGUCAUGUCCAAAAUGUCUGCUUGGCCUUCAGUGGACUUUUCCCAAGCGCACAGGUUGUCGAGCCAACGGCAGCUGUCAGAUGGUGGUUGUUGGCAGGGUGUGGUGCCUGACUAGCGGGUCUGACCAGACACUUGUGCUGCUGCGCUGAGCCAUUAGCAGAAAGUUGACCCCAAAGCCUUCCCUCAGACUACUGGUUGACGUACUGUGGUUGUCGGGGUCCACGAUAGCAUGGGUGAAUCACAGCCGAGUGGAUGACCCGAGCUUCCAGUGGUCACGUCAGGAUUGGCUAAUUCUGACAGAAGAUGUCUGAGCUUCUUUUACAUGUGUGUUUAUCUUUUGAAUUUUUUUUCUAUUAAUCUUUUAUGCACAGCCCGAGUUACUUCACAGCUAAACAAACAGUGAUUUGUGACCCACAGUAAUCCUGUUCUUGAGUCAUAUCCCUUCUUUUCUCUUUCCUUAAAUAUACUACUCGAAGUUCCCUCCGUAAGAUCUUCAGAUUUGGCAAAAGAGUAGUGAACACAUCUUAAACCAGAGUUGGCUUAAGUGGUGACUGUCACUAUGGCAACGUCCUCAUGUUUUCAGUUUGAAACUGACAUCUCAGUAGGUCCUGUUGUGUCCUGAUAUGUGGGGUUAGAAGCUGUUCUACAUGUAUGAGGUGAGUUAUUAGGAAGUUUGCUAAUUACAGGGGGUGAAUAAGGUAUGCAGUAAAUCUUGCAGAUUAGAGGCUGGAUGUAGCAAACUAUCUGUAAACUUAAACACACUGUCACGGGGACUUUACAGGCCCCAUGAUGGCAGAAUUGGACAACCACAAUGCCAAGACAUGGCAUGGAAGAAUUACUUAUCAAAGUCAUGAAAAUGAAGCCAAUGAAUGCAGGUUUAUGAAAUACUAAGGGAUCAGCCAAAUGCAACGAAGGAACCACUGUGCCUCAUUCCAUGCUUUCCAUGUUGCAUUGAAAUCUUUCCACAUGUUAUGUGACCUCAAAUCAAUGAAUUUUUUAUUAAAAAGUGCUGAAAUAGAGGCAGAGGACUCAGGCUUAACACAAGCUUAACCCAAAGAUGGUUAAAGUUUACAACUUUAGUUGUCUAAAUAUGUGUGUGUGUGUGUGUGUGGGGGGGGUGUUACUUUCGCUUUGCAGGUAUGAUUUUAAAUAUUAUGGAAAUAUUUUUAACAAAAUGGCAAUACAGUAAAAUAAGUUUAUCAUAAACACAAUAAAUGCAUGUGUGUCUGUGUGUAUUCGUUGAAGGAUGGGAGCAGGGUAUGGGUAUUUUUCUGGGUCUGAUUCUAUGGCAUAUGAGGCACAAAUUUUUCCUGGCUAGUGAGACCGUGCAGCCCACUCUCAUGGCUCUUAGAAAUUAAUGUAUUGCAGUUGGAGUUAUGUUUUGUGCCAGCACCAUGCAUCCUCUCAUGGGACAUGAAAGGCAAAGUGGAAGAAAAGCUGACAUUUACAUUUCUGAAUACCUUGAGUUAUAUGAAAUAACUACAUUCAUAUCAAUGUCUCAAAAGGAAAGCCCUGUCAUGGGAACAGAUUUCCAUCUAAAGUUCCAGUCACACAGACUGGUUGGUAACCUCCUGACAGCCACCCUUCCCCAGGGAAAAAUCUGUACUCCAACAAAGCUAAUGAAAAUUCAGUCGUAUGUAGCACUUGCUGGCUCUCCCAGGCAUUUGGGAUUUCCAGUGUGUCGCCGACUGCUCUAUCGGACUUUGUGUUGCUUGUUGUAGGCUUUUAGGUUUAGGUUUGUUAAGAGUUCUUCACAAUAGUACUGAACAAAAGCUUCCUAGCUUAGGUAAAUUAGAUAUAGAGCUACGGUCCUAUUAAAGUUUUUAAAACAUGUUUUGGUCUUAUUUCUACAACUUUCUAAAAUCAAUUCAUCCUUCCUAAUCUUACAGGUAUAGAUAUUGUUCUGCAACGUGAGUUGUCAAUAAUCAGUUAAUUUUCUUCUCUGUGAGUGUUGUUAAUAAUUAUUCACAGAUAUUUAAGGUUGGUGACUUGUUCCAUGUCCGGCAUUUUCACGACUACCCACUUGAAUAUGUCAAAAAAGGUUAGUGGCAAGCUGGAGCGACAACACAAUCAGAUUGACGUUUGCUGCUAACUCAACAACUCUUAAGAUAAGAUGGGAGUAGACCAUAUUAAAACAAAGGCAAAAUCCAUAAAACAGUACACAAACAUAUGAGGUGGUGUUGUCUUGGUGACUACAUAUUGAUGAAGACAUGAGAGCGGUGGCCUUCUUUUCUAACUCAAUUAUAGUGCCAACAGAGUUACUGAUUACAGAUUAUACUGAACUUGCAGUGAACCUGUACAGCAAACACAGUGAUAGAAGGUAUUUUAACUGUUUAUUGUUGAUUAAAGCAAAGGCUUUGUGAAGUGAACGUCUAAUAUCUGUUCAAGGUGUUGCUGCAUUUAAAGACAUUAACGACAUUUAUCACUAAGUAGAGUGUUGUUACUAAAAUGAUGAGCAAAGAUCUGGAAUUACUUAAAUCAGAAGUGUCACUUGAGCUGUUUAUAUGGACAGAUGUAUACAUAAUGCAAACACAAAAUAUGAGCAUAAAGUAACACAAGGUAAUAAAAAUAUCUGUGUAACACCAAACAAGACAUAUUAUAGAUGAUAAAAAAGUGAUAAUACUGGAUAAGAGCAGAAAAAGACUGGGCAAGAGAGAGUGAGUGAGAGUAGGGCAGAAGCAGGCCGGUCUAAAGGGUUGGCACAUUUAUAAGCAGUGACCGUGAGAGGCUCCUUUCUGGCCUAUGGUUGGCUCUUUCACAGGUUCCUCCUCCCUAGCACUGAAAAGGACCCCACAUGAGUCCCCACUGCCCUGUCAGUCCACUUUCCUUUUCCAUGAGUCCCCAACAGCUGUUACAGGGUGGCGCUGGGUCUUAUUUGGAUUCAUUUACAGCCCCCUGCCUGAAGAGCUUGGUUUUGUCAGGGCUGUUGUGGUAGCUUGCUCACUCUUUGGUUUAAAAUAUGUUGCAUGUCAGUUAUUUGAUGGUUUGGCUGUUGACAAGUGUUGGUUAAACUCAUUUGGCUGCUCAGAGAAAAAAAAAAAAAGGGCCUCCAAUAAGACUGAACACUUGAAUUCAUUUUUCAAAUGUGACAUAUUUUUUCAGCUCUGCCGUUUCAACAUUGCAUGAAUGGUUUCCUUUAACCAUAAUAUAAUGUUGUUGGCGCAAAAUGUUCGAAAGAAAUAUUUCCUAAUUAUGACUGGGGAACAUAAUCUGUGAUCAGAUAUCAAAUGAAACCAACGUGGCAUGUUUUCGUGUGGAGAGCAAAACUCCACUCUACAAUUUUGGCGAAGCAAUGAGAUGUCUGAGAUGCUCACUGACACUUUGCUCUGACUCAAAAAGACUAGGAAUCAUCUGCCACAGCAGCUCUAACAUUUUCCUGAGCUUUUGAUAAACAGGUGCACCACCGCGAAUCUCGUGGAAAGAGUUUACAACUAACCCUCCAUCACUCCCAACCCACAUAAAGACCUUGUGGAUUGCACAGGAGGACAGUGGUAGAUAUAUCACGUGGAAAAGUGAUACGGCAUACUACUAUGGUUCUGUGCCAAAGGAGCUAGGAGAGCCAUGUGCGGUCAGAGUGGUGAGGGGAGGCCUCACAGUGUUGGCAGGCACGUGCGCUAUACUGCACCAGAUGCUGGUUUAUGAUCAUUUGUGUUAGGCAAUUGCAGAUUUGAGUGUUUACCUGCUUGCAUUUUAACCAUACUGACACUUGUGUAUCGUUGUGUACUGUGUAACAGUGACGCUUUGGUAUAAUUUGAUAUCAGUGCAACUUUGAUCUGUUUAAAUUUAUAAUAAAAAUAUAUCACAAGUUGAA